CACAUCUCGCAUCGUACGCAACUCAUGUUGCAACCUCCGAUUCACCCUUAUUUCGAAUGCUUCUCCUACAGCCGCUGAUGACUUGGCUGUUCCCAACCGCAUACAAGCUGUCGUACUGUCUCUGAGCGCCAGCGGGCACAAGUCCUCCAUUUUUGACCAUGGCUCUAUCAUGGCUCUCGUACACAUGCAUAGCUAUCCUUCUUGCCACGGUAUACAUCAGGCAACGGCUUCGUGUCCGCUCAUCUCAAGUCGAGCGCGACGCAGAAGCUGAGAAACCUGGUCGUCUGAGGCUUGACGAUGGACUAACGGCUUCUGGACGACAGUUGAACGCCAAGCUGAUCGCAGCCAUCCCGCACAUCGUUACCACUUCGGAGAAAGCGACAGAGUUCAAAAAUUUGAUGAACGUGUAUUGGGAUCAGAAGGCUUGCGAGGUGUCGCCUGCAUGUAUUGUGCGGCCGCGCAACGUAUGGGAGCUGGCGCAGGCCGUCAAGAUUCUCAAACGCGAGUUCGAUAUAAGAAACGACCGGGCUAAGGAGACGAAAGAAGAGUUGGAGUCCAUCUUUGCCAUCAGAGGAGGCGGUCACUCUGCUGUUGCUGGUGCGUCAAGCAUCAAAGGUGGCGUUGUCAUUGAUCUAUCACUCUUCAAUCAAGUCACCCCUGCCGAAGAUAGACAGAGCGUUGUCGUCGGAGCCGGCUGCAAAUGGAUUGACACGUACUCAGCUCUUGGGAAGGAAGGUCUUGCAGUGGCUGGUGGAAGGAACUCCGCCGUUGGUGUUUCUGGUCUGACUCUUGGCGGAGGUCUCUCGUUCUUCUCACCUCAGUACGGAUUCGUAUGCAAUAACGUCCUCGCGUUUGAGGUUGUAUUGGCAGAUGGAUCUAUUGUGAACGCCUCUGAGAAAGAUAACCCUAAACUAUGGCGCGCACUCAAAGGCGGAGGUAACAACUUCGGUGUCGUGACCAGCUUCACACUUCGCAGUUUCGCGUCAACGGAUGUCUGGAGCGGGUUCCUCUACCUACUCCCAUACAAAGCUCCAGAUGUUCUCGCAGCGUUUCAUUCUUUCGUCACGCGAACCUUGACUGGAGAGCUGCAACAUCUAUUCGACCCUCACGCCGCUGGGCCGCUGACGUGUUUUACAUACCUCCAAUUCCCUGGGAUCCAAGCUAUAGCAGUAAAUCUCGUACAUACCACCCCUGACUCUCAACAGAAGGGUUGGCCAGAGUCCUGGCGCAGUUCCGGCUUCAACAAACUAUGGCGUUUGUGGAGUACGUUCAAAACUCGAAGCUUGGUCAGCGCUACAGACGAGUUGAGCGUUUUGAACCCCCCUGGACGACGCCAAGAGUUUGCCACUACGACCAUCAAGAAUGAUCGAAAAACCUUGGAUGCCGCUCACAAAGCAUACCGUGAUGCGAUCCCGAGAAUCAAGAAACAUGCAGUCAAGGGUAUGAGCUGGACUCUGGUCCUCCAGCCAUGUCUACCUUCCUGGGCUAGGAAGGGCGAUGCAAAUCCGCUAGGCUUAGAUGAAGGUUCCGAUGAGCCUCUAGUAAACGUUCAAUUUACAGUAAAUUGGGCGCUGGAGGAGCACGAUGACGUGGUGAGGAGUAUCACCAGGGAGGCGAUUGAACAGAUUGAUGCUUUUGCCCUAGAGCAUGGAACGGGCCACCGGUACCGUUACUUGAACUAUUGCGCAGCGUGGCAGAAUCCUUUUGAAGGCUACGGAGAGGAAAACCUAAAGUUCUUGCGCAGUGUGAGCAAGGAGGUUGAUCCUGAAGGUCUAUUUCAGAGGGGCUGUGGCGGAGGGUUCAAGCUGGGGUAAAGAGAUCGUUUGUGAUAUCACAAAGUAAUUAAAUGGUUUUGAACGAUAUGAAAUUGCUACACGUGCUACAUCGGCCGUCACAACAUAUCAUCGUCUAUCAUCAACCAUCAUGUCGUGAGCGCCAAUUACUCCAGGAACGCUUCCUCAGAGCCAUCCGUACCGCUACAACUCCGCAUUAGA